UAAAUUGAUAAAAGAGGGCGCCCACGGGUUUUUUUGGGCACUUAGCGACUUUAUUAGAUUGGAACUAUGUAAUUCGCGAGUGUGCAACAAAAAGUUUAAAAAAUAUAUAAAUUGGUGGUUUGUGUAGUGUGCGCGUGUGUCUUUUUGGAUUUCAAUCAUGGAUCAUACGGGGAAGGAAAUUCGGAAGCAAAAUCCGAAAGAGAAGGCGAACUUUCUUAGCUUGAUUACUUUUAUAUAUACGCGUAAGCUCUUCCGAAAAGCCCUUAAAGAAGACCUAGAAGAAGACGAUCUCUACGACGUCCUCAAAACCCUAAACUCCGACAAAUGCGGCAACAAAAUCGAAACCAGAUGGAAAAACGAACAUAUAAAAGAAGAACCCUCGUUUAUACGUCUGGUCUUGGCGAGAUUUGGCCUGAAAUACGCGUUUAUCGGACUAAUACUUUUGUCCCAUAAGCUAUUUAUGAUCGGAAUGGAACCCUAUGCGAUGAGCAGCCUAAUCGCGUGCUUCAAAUCCAAAGACACGUGUACACCCAAUGAGACUUACCUGUACGGAGCAGUUGUCGUAGCAAUAAACCUAUUUAACUGCUUUUUUUGGCAUAAUUAUAUAAUUUACGUGCAAACUUUCGCGAUAAAAAUACGAACAUCCUUUUGCUCCCUGUUGUACAGGAAAGCCCUAAAACUCACCCCAUCUGCCAUGAAUGAAAUUAGCUUGGGCAAUAUUGUUACUUUGAUCACGAAAGACGUUCAUUGCUUUGAAGCAUCUAUAUGGAUCUUCAAUGACAUGUGGAUCGGAAUCGUUUCUUCUGUUUUUAUUGUGUAUUUAUUGAUCGCGAAAAUGGGAUGGAUUUCGUUGAUCGGGGUGACAUUUUUGUUCACUGUGAUACCUAUACAAAUUUCCCUUGGUAAAUGGAUAACGAGCUUAAGGUUGAAAGUUGGCAAAAAGACAGACCAAAGGCUGCAAAUUACUCAGGAAAUCUUAUCAUCGAUAAAGAUCAUAAAGCUCUAUACUUGGGAGAAGUUCUUCAAUGAGCAAGUGAAUGAAAGCAGGAAACAAGAAAUCAACGUAAUGCGAAUCGGUUUCUACCUAAAAACAGUGAUCGUAGUACUGGGAAUAGUAGCAACGAAAAUAGGCUUCUACGUCCUAAUAGUUACAUACCUCUGGAUGGGCUACAUUCCAGACGCCAAGCUCAUUUUCUACAUCUCAAACCUAUUCAAUAAUCUAAGGUACCUGCUAGGAGUCUCCAUUCCAAUAGGAAUGGGUCGUGCCGCUGAGUUAGUGGCUGCCAUACUGAGGAUUAACCGGGUGCUAAGAGCUGAGGAGCUCCAUAGAGACAACGCUCAUGACCAACCUACCGCUGCACCAAAACUAAUAUUAAAUAAUGCUACUGUGGCUAUAAAUAAGCGAAUAGCUUUACAAAAAGUGUCGCUCUCCAUUGACUCAGGGUUGCAUAUUGUGACUGGUUGUGUUGGUUCUGGAAAGAGCUCCUUACUUAAGGCGUUGCUUCAAGAUUAUCCUCUGGAAAGUGGAACAGUAAGUACUUAUGGGAGGAUUUCUUAUGCUUCACAGGACCCUUGGUUGUUUCCCUCUUCUAUCAAACAAAACAUCUUGUUUGGACAAGCUUAUGACGAGCAAAGGUACCAAGAAGUUAUUAAGGUGUGCGCAUUGGCUUAUGAUUUAAAUAUGUUGGAAAAUGGUGAUCAAACUAUUGUUGCUGAUAACGGGAUUAACUUAAGCAAAGGUCAACAAGCCCGAGUGAACUUGGCCAGAGCAGUUUAUAAGGAGAGUGAGAUUUAUCUCUUGGAUGACUCACUAACGGCCUUGGAUGCACAUGUCCAAGACCACAUAUACAACGAAUGCAUCAAAAAGUUUCUUAAAAAUAAAAUAGUAAUCCUGGUUACUCAGACGGUGCAUCAUAUACUAGACGCAGAUAAUGUCAUUUUAAUGGAAAAUGCAAAAAUUCGAUCGAUUGGCAAACCCACGGAGAUUUCUAUGGAGGAACUUUCCCAGCUGGUGGGUGAAAAUGACGAAAUGGAAAAGGAGGUGCUGGAAGCAGACUCUGAACUAGCUGUAAAGAAGAGAAAAAAAAAAUCCAUCGCAGAUGUUAAAGAUGACAGCGAUAAUGACGAAACUGAGGAACUGCUUGAAACCGAACAAGAAAAAGCCAAGAAGGUUUAUAAAGAACAAACGAAAAAAGGUGACGUCAGUUUUAAGAUUUAUGGAAAGUAUUUGAAAUUCGGAGGAGGCGUUUGCUUUUUCUUGUCCAUUGUGUUUAUGUUUUUCGCUGCUCAAGGAAGCGAGACUGCUUCUGAUAAGUUUAUUGCCAUGUGGGUAGACGCUCAACAGAAAGAAAUUGACUUGAUGGUGGCCAAUCAGACAGACACACCGAUAUUCAAAGAGGCUGUAGAGCAAAAAGACCUGUACAUUAAACUGUACUCAGUAACCAUAGGGUUAUCCAUGGUGUUCGUGUUAACUAGGUCAUACAUGCUGUUUGAUUUUUGUAGACGUGCAUCCAUAAAAUUGCAUAAGGUCAUGUCCAUGACGGUUAUUAAUGCGGUCAUGUCGUUCUUCGAUACACAUUUUAUUGGGAACGUUCUUAACAGAUUUUCUCAGGAUCUGAUUAAUAUUGAUGAGUUUUUGCCAUAUACCAUUUCGGAAUGUUUUCGGGUCACAGUUCAAAUACUCGGCGUCGUAAUAAAUAUAUCUCUAAUAAACUGGCGAUUUUUAAUUCCAGCCGUAGUAUUUUUCACCCUAACCUUCGUUAUAAGGAAGCUUUAUAUGCCGACGGGUCGAAGUUUAAAACGUCUGGAAGCGGCAACUCGAAGUCCUUUGGUGGGUCAUCUAAAUGCUUCCCUGGAAGGGCUCACCACCAUAAGGGCCUACAAAGCAGAAGAUAUUUUAAAGCAGGAGUUCGAUAGGCAUCAGGAUUUGUAUACUUCCGCCCAUUUUAUGCUUACGUGUACAUCAAGGGCUUUUGGAUUUUCUCUGGACUUUUUGUGCUUCAUUUUAAUCUCCAUGGUUGUAUCCAGAUUCUUGUUUUUUGAAACUGAUACAAGUGCCGGCAAUGUCGGGUUAGUCCUAACGCAGAUCUUCAUGUUGGCUGGUAGUGUCCAAUGGGGCGUACGUAACUGGGCAGAUCUGGAAAACUACAUGACGUCAGUGGAACGUGCUAUGGAGUACACGGAACUAAAACAAGAAUCUAAACGAGGCACGAGGAUAGACAACUGGCCCACCGAGGGUCACAUCAAAUAUGAAAAUGUCAGCCUGUCCUAUGGAAAAGAAGUCGUUUUAAAAGAUUUACACUUCGAAGUGCAACCGGGUCAAAAAAUUGGUAUUUGUGGACGUACUGGGGCUGGAAAGUCUUCGAUUAUCAGUACGUUAUUCAGGCUUUAUGAGGUGCAGGGAACUAUACUGAUAGACGGGGUUAAUAUUAAACAUGUAACCAUUGAUUUCUUAAGGCAAAGUGUGGCCAUUAUUCCUCAAGAUCCAGUGCUGUUUACUGGAACUGUGAGGAGCAAUAUUGACCCCUAUCGCCUUUACAGUGAUGAAGAAAUAUGGCGACUUUUGGAAAAGGUGCAUCUUAAAGAAAGCAUCCAUACGUUGGAUAUGCCCAUAAAUGAAAAUGCACCGGCUUUAAGCUCUGGACAGAGGCAGCUGGUAUGCCUGGCCAGGGCGAUCAUACGUAGAAACAAAAUCGUAGUUUUAGAUGAAGCUACUGCUAAUAUGGAUCCGAAAACUGAUGCCAUGCUACACGACGCUAUUAAAGAAAAUUUUACUGGAUGCACUAUAUUUUCUAUAGCGCAUAGAUUGCACACCAUUCUGGAUUCGGAUAAGAUAAUGGUACUGGAUAGGGGUAUGAUCAAGGAGUUUGAUACUCCUGGGAAAUUAUUGGCGGAUAAAAAUGGCAUGUUUUAUAAGAUGGUCGAACAAGCUGGACUAACAGAGCAUUUAAAAAGUUGAUUUAAGAAAUUUUAAACUUAAACGUUGAUCUCUACUAGUCAUUCAUUGUUAGGUUAAUACAAUUUAUUUUGAUUCUUU